AAGUUCUGGAAGACAGCGAAGCUACCGCCAUUUUGCAGGAAGAGGAACUGCUGGGGCGACAGUGCUGCUUUUACUACUGAGACUCUGAAGACAGCAGUGCUUCGCGCCCCGCAACAAACCCAAAGGAACAGAGAAGACCGGGACCCCCCCUCCACGGGGCCCCGGAACUGAUCUGCUGUGAUGGCUUCAGAUGACUUUGAUAUAGUGAUUGAGGCCAUGCUGGAGGCUCCCUAUAAAAAAGAGGAGGAUGAACAGCAAGGGAAGGAGGUUAAAAAGGACGACCAUAGUAACACCAGCAGCAGCAACAGCGGCAGUGGGAGCAGCACCGGUGGGGAGGCAAACAAGAAGAAGAGGAGUCGGAGCCAUAGUAAAAGCAGGGAUAGAAAGCACAGUCGUAGUCAAGACCGGGAUCGGCACAGAUGGAGAAACAGUCGCAGCCGAAGUCGAGAUCGGCAGCAUCGUCACCGUAGCCGUAGCUGGGAUCGUCGACACAGUAGUGAGUCCCGAAGUCGGGAUCCGCGUCGUGAGACUCGUGUGCACUACAGGAGCCCACCACUUGCCACUGGGCGAAGGUAUGGACACAGUAAGAGCCCUCAUUUCAAAGAGAAGAGCCCCGUCAGGGAGCCAAUUGAUAAUCUGAGUCCUGAGGAGCGUGAUGCCCGAACAGUUUUCUGUAUGCAGUUAGCUGCCCGCAUUCGGCCUCGAGACCUGGAGGACUUUUUCUCUGCUGUUGGCAAGGUUCGUGAUGUACGUAUCAUCUCAGAUCGCAACUCACGUCGUUCUAAGGGCAUUGCCUAUGUGGAAUUCUGUGAAAUCCAGUCUGUGCCACUGGCCAUUGGGUUGACUGGGCAGCGGCUGCUGGGGGUCCCUAUCAUUGUACAGGCCUCACAGGCUGAGAAAAACCGACUGGCAGCCAUGGCCAACAACCUGCAGAAGGGCAGCGGUGGACCAAUGCGCCUCUAUGUGGGCUCCCUGCACUGUAAUAUCACUGAGGACAUGCUCCGGGGCAUCUUUGAGCCCUUUGGCAAAAUUGAUAAUAUUGUCCUGAUGAAGGACUCAGAUACAGGACGCUCUAAAGGUUAUGGUUUCAUUACGUUCUCUGACUCCGAGUGUGCCCGACGGGCUCUUGAACAGUUGAAUGGCUUUGAGCUUGCUGGCCGACCUAUGAGGGUUGGCCAUGUGACUGAGCGACUGGAUGGUGGCACAGACAUCACUUUUCCUGAUGGAGACCAGAAGCUGGAUCUGGCAUCAGCAGGUGCACAUUUGCAGCUCAUGGCCAAAUUGGCAGAAGGCUCUGGAAUCCAGCUGCCAACCACAGCUGCUGCUGCUGCUGCUGCCGCCGCUGCCCAAGCGGCUGCUUUGCAGCUGAAUGGAGCAGUUCCCUUGGGGGCCCUAAACCCAGCAGCUCUGACUGCUCUGAGUCCAGCCCUGAACCUUGCCUCUCAGGCAGUCGCCUCCCAGUGCUUCCAGCUUUCCAGCCUUUUUACCCCCCAGACCAUGUGAGUCUCAGGACCUUGCUUAUUUUAGUCUCUGGUUAUUUUUUUUGUUUGGCUUCUUCUCCUUGCCCCAGGUAAAUCAGUGGCACAGUACAUUGUCUCCCUGUGCCUUUGGGUCCUGCCACUCCCUUUUUCAUAUCUACCCUUCUAUGGCCCCUUCUCUCCAUUUUGUGGACCAAGCCAUCCUGAGGCCAUGGACAUUAAUCCUGGGGGAAUUGGUGCCACCCUUAAAACACCGAGAAGAGCUCCUGCCCCAUGGCCCCACUGGGAAUGGACUUUGCUGAGCAACCACUGGUUGAAGAGAAUUAUUGAACACUUGUUUCUCUGUGUGUAUCAUCUCCUGGGAUGAUCUUCAUUGCCCUUUCCAACCAUCUCUCAGUGAUUCCUCAAUUCCUCCUCUGUUGGGAAGGCCAUAGGGCAUUAACUGAAGGAACUGACUUCUUUUUUUUUUUUUUUUUUCCUAUACCUUUACCUUACGGUUUUGUCAAGGAAAAACCCUUAAGCUCUCUGGUCUAAGAGGACAUUGGAGUUUGGGGGGGGUGAACCUUGAAGGUGCUGGCUUGCUGCUGCAGGGGCCCUGGAAAAUAGCUUGGACAUGUAUGUGCAUUGUAAAGCCUGCCUUAGACCUCAGCUUGGGGCCAGAACUACUGUGGGCUCAGCAUCUUGCUUGGAGCUGUAGAAAUGAUCUUUGCUGCCAGGCAUUUUGGAUAUCUUAGGGGCAUUCAGGAGUUUAGCAAAAGAUGGGGUACCUUUCCAGUAUCUUCCAUCUUCCUUUGUAUAGUUAGUUGUCCUUCCUCCCAGGUCCUUCCUUAGGUCCAGGGUAGGAGAAUGGUGGAGAGGCUGCUACUCUCCACCACUUCCUAUGUGCCUCUACUGUGGGCUCCUCCCCAGCUGUUAAAGCUGCUCUUGUCCCCUACUUGGACACACAUGAGCCCUUCUCACUGGAUUUUUAUACCCUUGUGUCUGUGUACAUAAAUAUACAUACAUAUAUAUAUACACACACACAUAUACACACAUGCAUACAUAUAAACUUUGUACAAAAGGCAAGCCUUGCUGUUGUGGCUGCUGCCCAUAUGUGUGUGGUCUCAGUCAGUUGUGUCUGAUGUUAACUUCUAAUGAGCUAAAACCAUGAAUGGUUCUAGGGAUAUAAAACAUUUGUAAUAUCA